GUUCAUGUCUUUAUCUGACCACUAUGACUAAUGGUUACGAGAAAGUAGCCUCUCCAUUUCCUGCAUUCCUAUCCCCAUGGAUUUCACAAUCAUUAGAAGGUUAGCGAGCAAAUGGACUCCAGCGUGUCUACCACAGGCUGGGUUUGGUCCGAGCGGUGCUACAGGGACAAACUGGAUUCAGAAAAUAUAUAUACAGUAUAUUUUUUGCCCUUAUGAUUUGUUCUCAUUCUUCUGGAACCGUUUUCUCAGCUAAGCAGCUUCGGGAAAAGACAAAUAAUUGCACUGACUCCGUGGAGAUGGACUGAAACGUUCUCCUUCACGGAUCUUGGCCACAUAGUCUCAGCAUCAUGAUCGCAUGGCUGUUACUUGUCUCACUGUUCUGCAGCAGCGCGCAAGAUGGAUAUUUAAAAGACCCUGGUGUUUUUCCCUGCGGACCGCAGAAUAUAACCGUUAGCACUUCAGACCAGGUCAUCCUGUUAACAUGGGAGGAUGACCCGUCAUGUAUGUCAUUGCGCGAUGCGCUGACGUAUGAGCUGGAGGCGCUCAUAGCUGACGAGCCGACACAUUAUGAGGAAGUGGCUGUGAGGUCGGACGAGAUGGGAUCUCGUCAUUCCUGGAGCUGGUCACCCCAUUUAGCGCUGGAGUGUGCUCCCAUCACACUGAAGCUGAGGUCUCGAUCCCAAGGCCGGACAAGUCCGUGGCAACUGGAGCGGAUCGUUCCCGGCAACGAUCACUCCUUUUUGCCGGAGGUUUAUCCACGAGACAAGGUGUUUCAAGUUGGCAGUAAAGCUACCUUCUGCUGUGUUUUACCAACGGGCCAAGUUUGGAAAACACUGAAUGUCAGCGGAGACAGCAGCACCAACUGGGUCAUUCGCAAGAUCGGCAAUCAUACGUAUUCCCUGACGGUCGACCUGAUCAAAGGGUCAGUGGAAAGCGGCGCCAAUGUGAUUUGUGAAACAGAUCAAGAGCACAACGGCGCUUGUGCUUACAUUGGAUACCCACCCGCCGAUCACGAUCUCACCUGUGAAACUCGGGAUUUCCAAUCGGUUGAGUGCCUGUGGACCGUGGGGCGAAACACACACUUGGCUCUCAAGAGUCCAACGACCUAUCAACUACUUGGAAGUACAUGUGCCGAGGAGUCCGAUGGGAGAUGCUCUCACAAAGUGCGAGUGGAUAUAGGAGAGAGGAAUUGGACUUUAACAGCACGAAACCAACUCGGUACAGUCAAUCUCACGGAUAGAGCAGACCUUAUGAGAAGAGUGCACAUGUUUGCUCCCCAAGAAGUUAAGGUCUCAUCAGUGAAUGCCAGUAGUGUCAGAUUAGACUGGAAUUGGGCAAUACAAAUGUAUGACGAUCUCAGCAUACGAUGCCAACUAAAGAUUAGUGAUAGUCAAACAUCCGCGGUGAGAGACUGCGUUGGAGUGGCUCUUCGUUUCACAGUCUUGGAUAACUUGAUUCCCAACUGGCGAUACAAUGUGACGAUGCGAUGUGGAACAGCUCAACAUUUCUGGAAGUGGAGCGAGUGGAGCUCAAGUGUCGAGUUCCUCACAAUGGGCGAUGUUCCCGACGCUCUUGAUGUAUGGAUGCAGGGAAACGACAGCCAAACCAUAAUCGCUUGGAAAGUACCACUGGCUAACCAAAGCCACGGCGACAUCAUAGAUUAUGAAGUUACUUGGAAACCAACCUCUGAGAGACGCAAAAAAUCCAGAGUGUUGCACCCAAAGCGCAGUUUAGCACUCAGUCUGGAUGCCACGCGAGAACACGUGGUCAGUGUUACAGCCAGGAAUAAAUAUGGAAACUCUUCUCCUUCAACGAUCACCAUCCCUGUCCUCAAUACAGGAAGUGGUCGAGUUAAAUCUUCAAAGACCCAAGGCAGUAACGGUGGUUUCAACCUGUCUUGGUCCGCCAGUCCGAUCGCUAGCUGUGGCUAUAUUGUGGACUGGUGCCCAAGCAGAGGGCUGUGCACAAUCGACUGGUUGAGGGUCCCGCCUAGUGAAACUAAUGUCGGUAUAUUUUCAGAAAAUUUCCGCGAAGGUGUCAGAUACCUGCUGUCGAUCUACGGCUGCACACCCGGAGCUCCCGUGUUGCUUGAGAGACGAGAAGGAUAUGUCAAGGAGAAAAUCAUACAAGACGGUCUUUUUAGAACACUGAAUUGGAAACAGAGGGAUAUGGAUGUUGAGGUAUCCUGGGAUCCUGUCGCCCUACAAGAGCAGUCUGCUUUCAUCCAAGGCUACAUCUUAUACUAUUGGGAAAACAACAGCAGCGUCAUGAAUAUCAGCACCGACAAUCCUCGAGAUACCAGCUUGACAGCCAGAAAUCUCCAAAUCAACUCGUACACAUUCACAGUGAAGGCAAACACAACCGUUGGACAAUGCGGUGCGACGUCCAUCACCGUCACCUUGAAUUCACUGACUGAUAACUUGAUCAAGGCUGUCGGCAUCACCAUCGCAACUAUUUUUGUCCUCCUCUGCUUGAUUGUUAUCCUUUGCUACAGAAACUGGGAAUGUAUCAAACUGAAGGUCUAUCCUCCGAUCCCAAUGCCGGUAUUGAAGGACAAGUGGAUGACAUCACUGGCUAAACAAAGUUGCCGUCCUGUUUUUGUGGAAAUGAGUCAUCACACUGAGGCAGAAUUGAUGGCGAUUCCCGAGUUGCACUGCAAAUCAGAAGCCCCGCCGGGUCUGGAUUGCGCUGAGCAGGGAAACGGAUGCUUCAACGAGCCAGUUGAAAACCUCACCACACGGCGCGCCGCUGCUCCAUGUCAGUUACCACUACUACCCCCACCACCACCACCAUUGUCUUCAUCUCUCCCGAAGGAUGGACGUCUCAACCCUGCAUACAACCUGACCUCAACAGACUCUUUAGUGGAAGGCUCCAAUGGAUAUCAGCCUCAGAAGCAAAAGGGACAGCUCGAAGAAGCUCCAGAUACUCCUUUGCCUUGUGUCUUAACUUACAUUUUGUUGCCACAGUUGCCUUCUGAAUAGUUUCUGCGCACUCCUUUUCAUGGUAGCGAUGACAACGUACUGUUCAGUAUGGAAAUAGUCACAACACUCAAUAGCACUUUAGUAGUUUAUAGACCGGCUCAAGCACUUUACGGCAUUCAGUGUUUCGCUGAAAUCGCAUGUCAUGUUACUUAACAAAUUCCUGUUACAUUAAAAGUCAAUGUCGA